AUUUCCACUAAUAAAGUAACAACAGUAUCGCGAUAUUCUCUAAUGGCAUAACACAAUUCAAAAUCUCGGUCUGAGUCAUUCAUUAACCAAUCAUUCUCUUACCUGAAUGAAUGAAAGCAUGCAAUUAGUUUACUUAAGGUUAAGAGUAUAGACGAUGUCUAAUCUAUGUUCCUAGUAGUUUCAUGGGCCAGUCAGUCUCUUAUAAUGGACAGCGAGAGUGAAGAUAGUUUCGAACUUUCCAGUAACUCUGGUAACUCCAGCAAUGCAGGAGACGGUAGUGGCGUCUCUAUCAUUGAUCUUACUCGGUCACAAGCCCUAAAUUUAUAUGUUAGCCAUGCAUUUUCAACUUGGAACGCUCGUGGUUACGAGUUUGCCACGAUUCUCUUCACCGCAUCGGCAUAUCCGGAUACCCUCGUAGCAGCUGCUCUUCGCAUGAUCAUAGUAUAUUUUGCCAUGAUCUUACUUUCUGGUUCUGUCGGACGAUGGGUUCAACAUUCGCCUAAUAGACUUCGUACUCUGCUUUCGACCAUCAUCUGCAACCGGGGCUCCGUCAUCGUUGGCUCGUUUUUCUGGAUCCUGAUAUUGAGCCAGGAAGACCUCGUUGGGCGUGAGGCUACCUUCGUAUUGCCCAAGAAUGCGCUGCUCAAAGGCCUUGGAUUCACCGUCGCCGUAACAUUUGGUAUUAUCGAGCGCUUAAGCGCUUCCGGUAAUCUUAUAUCGAUGGAGCGAGAUUGGGUAGUCACCGUGGCCGCCCCGGCCGGCAGACCAUACGACCUGACGCAUCUAAAUGCAGUCAUGCGGCGGAUCGAUCUUGUAUGCAAAUUGAUUUCCCCCAUCUUAAUCGCAGCUGUCAUUUCAGUCCUUGGAUCGAUCCGCUUGGGCGUUGUAUUCACUGGCCUAACAAGCCUACUGUGCAUCCCAAUCGAAGUCUUCUCUGCUAAGAGGGUUUGGAAUAGUAGCCCCUUGCUGCAAGCACCACGUGCGAUGCCCCCAUCCGAACCCCCGCUAACUCAAACAACACCGACGCCAUGGCUAGCUAAGACCCGGCAGUAUACUCAUGGUUUUGAAUUAUAUUUUAGUACGACGGUCUGGAUCCCGUCAGUUGCCUUAGCACUUCUACACUUUAACAUGUUGACAUGGCGCGCAACCUUCAUCACAUAUUUGAUCAAUGCAGGGUACUCCCUCAACAUCAUCACCCUGGCUCGGGCUCUCGGCUCCUUGUUUGAGAUUACUAGCACAGUCAUUACGCCGCGCGGUAUUGUGUACAUGGGAAAGGCACAUCAUCACGCCAACUCGUCGUCGAUGGAUGAACGCGACGAAGCGGAAGUUGGCUUAAUCGGCAGUGAUCAUGGAGGAAAUCGUGACGUCGAAACAAUAAUUGGACUGCAGCGUCUUGGCCUUUGGGGUAUGAGCUGGCAGCUCGUAAAUACGUUCCCUGUAGUUCUUUCAUUGUGGAUGAUCUCAUCGCAAAGUGACCCAAGUGAAGGCCUAUCUACAUUUGCUCGAGGAAUUACCGGAAUCGCCUCUAAGCAAACUUCGCCUAACGUGGGUUGGAGCAUAGUCUUGUUCUCAUUCCUGGCCUUUUCGAGGCUUGGGGUAUGGAUCUUCGACCUUACAACCCAGCAACUGACACAGACGCUUGUGGCACAACAUCAACGCUCGAGUUUUGCUGGAACAGAAAACUCAGUGGUGAACAUUUUUGAACUGCUCGGUGCCAGUGCUGCUAUCGCCUUCCCUCGCACCGAGCAGUACAGGUGGCUUGCGCUGGCGAGCCUUAUGACGGUGAUUGUAAGCUGGAUAAUGUAUGCUUUCUGGGUGCGUCGAGAAAGGGGCCACUUGGUUCACUGGGAGAAACUAGCUCAGGGGUUUUGUUCCAGUGGAAGGAACUGGUAACGGCUACGUCUAGUGUAAAGAAGAAAUAUCCAUAUUCUACUAAGUGAGAUAGGGGGCAAAAUUUCGGAUGGAACGCGCGUUCCGUGAGUGUUGGAUAUUUUCAAGUGGUCAUCAGAAGAGAUGAAAAUUCAUAUGACAGUGUAAACCGUCACGGAGCUAUCGCUGGUUUAAUACUAGGUACUUACUCGAGAUCGAAAUCGCACAUUAUCGAGUAAUUCCACGCAGAAAACAUGAAACUGUUUUCUAUCUCAUGAUAUAUUUCUGCCGAAAACCGACUUUAUUGCCCCUG